UGAAGACAUACUCACACGAACUAACCACACUCUGCUAGAUAGCAAUGGGAGAGAGAAAGUGAGAGUGAGUGAGAGAGAUACUGAAGAAAAUGGUUAACACUAACAGCAGUUAGUGAGAGAAACACAAACACAAAGUGGGUUUGUUUGUUGGAGACAAGAAAACCAACCAAAUUUAUGUUUUGUAACCUCUCUCCAAUUUUUGAGAAAAAGAAAACAUUUUGAUCUUAUUCUGAUCUAAAAUUUGUUCUGUUUCAUGUUUUUUUGAUAAUGCUGGAACUUGAGCAUUUCCAAUUCUGCAACUGAGUAAACCCUUUUCACUCUCUGGUGUUUUCUCCACCACCAUGGCUUCGAAGUCCAGAUCCGGUUUAUCUGAAACUCCCAACAAAGCACCACCAGCUACUCCUAACAAAGCACGGCCGUCAACUCCCAACAAAGGAUCACCUGCAACUCCAAGAGUUAGUAAACUCGGCAAAGGAGUGUCCAAACCGGAUUCCGAGUCGCCAUCGCCUUUGCAGAAUUCUCGCAUUUCUGCAGAGAAAUCGAUAUCUCCUUUGCAGAGUACGCGUCUUUCUGCAGAGAAAUUGCCAUCACCUUUGCAGAAUUCGCGUCUUCCUGCAGAGAAAUCGCCACGAUCUUUAAAUUCAAAGCCCAUUGCUGAGCGGAAAUCACCAAGGCCCACCUCCACCACACCUGAUAAGCAACCCCUAAAAGCUGCGAAGGGUUCAGAAUUGCAAAUCCAGUUAAAUCUUGCUCAAGAAGAUCUAAAUAAAGCAAAGGAACAGCUGAUUCAGGCUGAGAAAGAAAAGGCAAAAGCAAUUGAUGAGCUAAAAGAAGCACAGAGAGUGGCUGAGGAAGCAAAUGAGAAACUCAGGGAGGCAAUGGUGGCUCAAAAGCGGGCUGAGGAGGACUCUGAGAUCGAGAAGUUCCGAGCUGUUGAAUUGGAACAGGCUGGACUUGAAGCUGUUCAGAAGAAGGAUGAAGAAUGGCAGAAAGAGCUUGAAAGUGUGAGGAACCAGCAUGCUUUGGAUGUGGCUUCUCUUCUCUCCACCGCUCAGGAGCUUCAGCGCGUUAAGCAAGAACUUGUCAUGACUUGUGAUGCAAAGAACCAGGCUUUGAGUCAUGCUGAAGAUGCAACUAAAAUUGCUGAGGUUCACAUGGAAAAAGUAGAGAUUCUUUCUGCUGAAAUAGCACGGUUGAAGGCCUUACUAGAUUCGAAGCUGGAAACAGAGGCUAGUGAGAACAAGAUUGUAUUGGAGCUGCAGGCUGAGAUAGAAGCUCUAAAGCUAGAACUUGAAAAGGCAAAGGGUUAUGAUGAAAAGUUGAUGGAGAAAGAGACUUAUAUUGAACAGCUUAAUGUGGAGUUUGAAGCCGCGAAGUUGGCUGAAUCUUACGCACACUGUAUGCUAGAGGAGUGGACCAGAAAAGUUGAGGAGCUAGAAAUGAGGGUUGAAGAAGCAAAUAAGUUAGAGAGAUCUGCAUCAUUAUCUUUGGAAUCUGUAAUGAAAGAGCUAGAAGGAAAUAAUGAUUUGUUGCACGAUGCAGAAUCUGAAAUUUCUAGUCUUAAAGAGAAGGUGGGAUUGUUGGAAAUGACAAUUGGUAGACAGAGAGCAGAUCUUGAGGAUUCAGAGCAUCGUCUUCUUGUGGCUAAGGAUGAAAGUCUUGAAAUGUCAAAGAAGAUUGAGUUUCUCAAAUCCGAACUUGAGACAGUUAAUGAAGAAAAGGCUCAGGCUUUGAAGAAUGAAAGGGUUGCAGCUUCAAGCGUGCAGUCCCUGAUAGACGAGAAAAACAAACUUAUUAAUGAAUUGGAGAUUUGUAGAGAUGAAGAAGAAAAGACUAAAAAUGCAAUGGAAAGCUUAGCUUCUGCAUUACAUGAAGUAUCUGCCGAGGCUAGAGAUGCCAAAGAAAAGCUAUUAGCCAACCAAGCUGAACAUGAAUUCUAUGAGGCCAAGAUUGAAGAUUUAAAGUCGGGUUUGAAAGCUACUGACGAGAAAUAUGAGUCCAUGCUUAAUGAUGCGCGACAUGAGAUUGAUGUUCUGACUUGUAGUGUUGAAAACCAUAAGAAUGACAUCGAGAACUCUAAGGCAGAGUGGGAGCAGAAAGAACUUCAUCUUGUCAAUUGCUUAAAGCUAACAGAAGAAGAAAACUCAUCCUUGGGUAAAGAAAUAAAUAGAUUGAUUUAUUCACUCAAGAAAACGGAGGAAGAAGCUAGUGCCAAGAAGGAGGAAGAAGCUCAACUGAAGGAAAACCUGAAGGAAGUUGAGGCUGAAGUGAUCCACCUGCAGGAAGCACUUAAAGAAGAAAGUGCUCAGAGCAUGAAAUUGAAGGAGAGGUUAUUGGAUAAAGAAAAUGAGUUUCAAAACAUUUUUCAAGAAAAUGAGGACCUCCGAUCCAGGGAAUCCACAUCUAUUAAGAAGGUUGAGGAGUUAUCUAAGCUGCUUGAAGAAGCUACAAUCAGAAACCAUGCUGAAGAAGAAAAUGGGGAUCAUACAGACAGUGAAAAGGACUAUGAUUUGCUUCCUAAAGUAGUUGAAUUCUCGGAAGAAAAUGGACAUGGAGGUGAGGACAUAUCUAAAGUAGAGGUUUCCGCCAAUGAAGAGAACGGACUCGGACGAAGCUCGCUGGAAGAAAGUAUUCUCUUGAAUGACAAGUCUGAAAAAACUGAAUCUCCCAAACCUGAGAAUGUGAAUGGAAAACUGAAGGAAGAUGAGAGCAGAGAAAAAAGUGAUUCAGUAGAAGGGGAAUUUAAAAUGUGGGAAAGCUGCACGAUAGAGAAAAAGGAGUUCUCACCAGAGAGAGUACCAAAGCCUGUAUCCUAUGAAGAGGAGGAAGUUGAGUCAAAGAAAGAAGAUAGUGUGGGCGUUGAGCAGAUAAAUGGAGGCUCUGUAACCGAGAACAUUGAUAAUGGUGGUAGCUCACCCUCUAAGCAACAAGUGAAGAAGAAGAAGAAGGCUUUGCUUGUUAAGUUUGGAAGCCUGCUGAAGAAAAAGGGUGGUAGCAACCACAAAUAGAAAAGUGCUGUACUUUGAACAUGACACUGUUUGCAUCUAUUUGCUUUAUAUUUUUUCUUCUUGAAAUAGCUUUUAAAGAAUGAUGAGGCUUGUAAUGUUGUUUAGGAUUCUUCUCUAAUCACUUCUUUUGGGUUGAGAUUUUCCAUGUUGGUAGUAAAUUGUAUGUGCUGGAAUGGAAUUACUAUUUUUUUUCCCCUUUUAUUGCUUUGACCCUCCUUUAUAGAUUUGAAGAAAGUGGCUAAGAUGGCUUGUAAUUUCAUGCCACCCCUAUUCUAAUGAAAGUUCAGUUUUAAUGUUUCUCAAUA